GCCUCCUCUGCAGUGGACACGGUGAGCUGAACACUCCGGUUUGCCCCACGUGAUAAUGUCGUCUGUAGCUGUUUUUGCCAGAGGGUCGUAUUUUCUGGUACUAUAGGAGACUCUAGCUUGCAACUUAUCCUCUGCUCAAAUAAACGACAUGCACGUCUCCACGAUUUGCAAUCGUUUUUCGCUAAGCUACCUGCACCGCUCGGUGCUUCAGCACGCACCCUUUAGCCUCUGUGAUCUGGCUGCUCGUGUGAGCAGUCUUGUGUGGUCCUACCUUCCCUAGACAAUUGUCCAAGAGGCUCAGGCCCAGUUGUAAUUUCUCUGCUCUUGCACACUGCCACUUGCAGGUUGAACAUUUCCGCACACUUUAUGAGGAAUCUCAGGGGACUGUAGUGGCUGCACAGGCGGAGGUCACCAGUCUCCAGGUGCAGUUGGACGAGGCCAACAUGGAGCUGGCGUCAAAAGACACCGCCAUGCAGUCCCUCACUGAACAGUGCAACGCUCUGAAAUCACUGAUGAUAGAGAAGGACGAGAAACUCCAGAAGUUCAACCAAAAACUGGCAGCCAUUAGGGCAGGACUGGCAAAGGAACUGGGGAAGCAACGCAGCAGCAGUGACCGAGACCUUCAUCUGGCUCUCGACUGCAUCCUGAAGUGCUCCCGUGAACUCUGCACCCACGCCAUCACCACGGAGGAAUUCCACACGGCUCUCGAUCUUAUUCUCUCCACUCUCACUCCUCACCCAAAACUCCUGCCCAUGCCCACCUCACCACAGCAGUGGGCGGAGUUUGGGGAGGCGGGGCAGCGGAAGUUGGCCUCUCUAUCUCUCUCUGAGCGUCGUCAACAACUGGCUGCCACGGUCGGCAACGUCAGUUGGAGUUCGUCCGCUGAUCAGCUGGUGAUGAGGAACGAGAUGGAUAUUUUAACCCCAUCCCCACCACCUCCACCUCCCAGAGAACAUCAGCCGUCUGCCGAGGCUGUGAAAGGAGAGCAGGGAGGAGAAAAAGGAGAUGAUUGGAAACAGAAGGAAACAACCCAUUAUGAGAGAAUGGACUCUGUAGGUAUGUCUUGUCGUCAUGGAGACAGAGACAAAGUGGGUGUGGUCAGACGCAAGAGUGGACGGAGGAAGAAGAUUCGGUAUUUCUCGUCGGCCAACGAUCUCCUGUCGUCCAGUGUUGGGGUGGAGGAGAGUGGAGUUACUCCGGUCCCGGUGGGGGGAAAUUACCCCAGGGUGCAGAUGUGGAGGAAGAAACUGGGGUUGAGGGAGGGGAGUGUGUUUACAGGAAGUUUGCCUGACCUGGUGAGGGAGGGGGAGUCUGGGGAGGAUGAGGAGGGGGAGGAGGGAGGAGAGGACGAGUACAUCGACCCUCGAGAGAUUGCUGGUGCCUUCAUCUUCCCGAGACUGAGUCGUCGUGUCUCCCAGAGAGUCCUCAGGAGGAUGGACACCAUGAUGAACACUGACACUGUAGCCACACCCACCUAUCUGAGGAUCAUUGGGCCUGACGAGGAGAAGGAGGAGGGGUCGCGGGCCCUGAGACGACGCGAGCUGGACAGGUCGGCUCUCAGCUGCUGCACCACAGAGGACGACCUUAGCUCGGUCGACUGGGACGCCGGAGACGAGGCUCCCACAAGCCCCACCCAAAACCACACCCACCUGGCAUCAGAACUUAGCCCCGCCCCUGCUGACCACACCCACCGGGUUAACAGGGUGCGGAGGAGGCGGUCCAAUCGGAUGACAGCAGUCGUCCAACAAGACAGUGACGACGAGAGGAUCUACGAACGUAUCGACGACCUCGCCCUCCCGACUUGCAACAUUGGGGCGGAGACUGGGGGGCCGAAAUUUCAGGUCCCUCGCAAACUCACCCUCCCCCGCCGGAGGUCAAAGGUCACAGCCAAUCGUCGACAACAAUUAUCAUCGAUGAAGGGGUUUGAUGGGUAUGAGUAUCUUGUAGACACGAGUCCCACUCCUGUAGAGGGGGUGAGGACGAUUCCUCGCUGGACAGAGAUGUCUCCUGCCCUUCCUCCUCCGCGAAACACUUCUGCUCCUGUGAAGAAUGGAGCAGUGGAACAUGUUCCCAUUCACCCCGCCCUCUCCGUGCCUCUGGAGCCAUCACAUGGCCCCCAGUCCCGGUCCCCCGCUAUCUCCUCCGAUGACACCAACCAAUCAGAUUGCGAGGCGAUACCCGAGCUACUCUACACCACACCUGUUUCGUUACCAUGGAGUCGACCCCAGGACCUUUGGAGAGCGAGGGAGGCCACAGGAGAAGCCAAUCUCUCCAUAAAGCCACCACUGUCCAAGCCACCUACACCACCAUCUCUCCCGGCAAGGAAGUUGGUGAGGCACAGGGUAAGGGAGGAGGAGGGGGAGAUGGAAGGAGCCACCUGCCACUGGCAGCAAGAAAAGUCACACCCUCCCAACCUCUUCCUCUAGUUCCAAAGGAGUAGAUCACUGCGGCUACCUGACGAAGCUCGACUCUAGACUCCGUCCAGGAAAGAGACGAUGGUUCGUGUUGGUGGGACAGGAGCUGAGGUACUACCGCAGCAAGGAGGCCUCCCUGGGACGACCGCGCAAAGUCAUCAACCUUAACUCCUGGUGUAAACUGGCCGUCGUCAAUGACGUCAUCUUCAAGCUGAUGACGUCAUUGCAGACGUUCCAUCUGUCUGGAGGCUCAGCUCAAGAGAGCGAAGAAUGGGUCCAGGCUCUGAGGUCAGCUCUGAGACGACCUUCUGGGACUCCGCCCCACCACGUUCACCAUCCCUCCUCCCCUUCUCUCUCUGGCUGGGCCUUCAUGCAGUCAGAGAAACGAGCCACAAGGAAGAUGUGGUGUCAUUUGGAUUCCACUGGUAUUCUCUCCAUCUCUCCUGCAGCACAAGCCGAGCCACUACAGAAGGUGAACAUGGCGUCCAGCACAGUUCGCAAGGCCAGAGACUCCUUGCUGAUGGACAACAAGGAGUCAUCCUCAACCCUCAGUUCUCAACUGGUCAUUCAGGAGGAGGAAGGGCAGCAGUCACCUGUUCUUCUAGUCCCCUGCAAUGCCGAAGACAAGGAGAUGUGGUUCUACCAGCUGAGUCUGGCUAGUCGCAGUGGAAGAGAUGAAACCCUCGAACUGACUUCCACAGAGCAGUACCUGGCAACCAUAUUCAGAGAGGGCAGAGCUCUCGACCACCCCCUGUGGAAGCAUCCGGUGUUGAAUAUGACAGACAGUCCUCUGAAGAGCAGUCUGACCUCUCUCCCCUCUCCCUCCCUCACCAGCAAGGCCCUCAGACUGUUUCAGAAUGUUCAGAUGUUCAUGUCUACUCCCCUGAGCCAGCUGUCCCCCGAGGGUCACGUGACCUCUGCACAGAACAUCAUCACCACCUGCCUCCGUCACCCACAGCUACACGACGAGCUCUACUGCCAGAUCCUCCGACAGGUAACCGACGGCGACCUGGAGCAGGGGAACGCUCGCCCGUUGCAACAGGGAUGGUGUCUUCUCUCCCUCGUCCUACCCAUGUUUCUUCCUCGACGACCUCGCGUGGUCCAAUACCUCACUGCCGUACUCCGGCGAACCAUGACCAGCUCCCAGCCUGUGCUGACUGGGUUUCGCCCAGCACUGCCUCGACACUGUGGAGAGAGGUGAGAGAGACGGGACAGAGAAAAUGGAGGCCGUCCUGCCAGGAAUUGGAGGGCCUUCUUCUAGUUUUGCGUUGAACCCAACGUCCCUCAAGAUCUCUCUUUCGAUCCCUGUGCACCUCCCUGACGGAACCUCUGAGGAGGUGGAGUUUGAUGCCUGCUCGUCGGUGAGCGAUCUGCUGACUCAGCUGAAUGCGAAGUUGGGGAUGCCCCCCUCGUCAGAGACGGGAUUUUCCCUCGUGAGUGACUGGCCAGGCGUGGAGGAGUGUGCCUUCUUCCAGCUGCCGGAGGCCGGAAAACUGGGCGACCUCCUGGCUUUCUGGUGGAACGCCAUGGACGAACUGAGUCCCUGUGGGAAGGGUGGAGUUGGGGGCGGAGCCAGACAUCGCUGCAUCAGACUCACCUACAGAAACUGGCUGUUUGUUCGGAGCCGGCAUGGCCAGGAGGUGGAGAGAGAGGCGGAGCUUCUGGCUUAUCAGAUCAGUCACGAGGUGGUCAGUGGGCGACACCCGGUGACGUUGCAGAGAGACGCCAUCAAAAUGGCGGCUCUCAUGUCACAGCUUGAGUUUGGUGACUGGGAGAAGGUGGGGGGAGACGGAGGGGAGGAGGGGAGGGAGGAGAGAAAGUCAGCCAUUGCAAAGGAAGCUCUCUGAAGUUUGGACAAAUGAAACUGACACAAAUGACUCUUGAACACGACCAGAGUCUGUACCAGCGACAGUUGGUGGAGCAGUGGGACUUGUGUGCUGGCAAGACUAGGACUCAGUGUGCCACGGACUACCUGGACCUGGCUCUCCAGUGGGACCUCUGUGGAGCCACCCUCUUCCUCAGCGAGAAAGCUCGUGGGAGGAGUGUGUGGCUGGCGGUCCACGAAGGAGGCGUGUCUCUCCUCUGCCCCUCCUCCAUGGAGACGAGGAGCCACUAUUCCUGGCCGCAGCUAGCUGCCUUCGGCUCAGACGGAGACCACCUUGUCCUGGUGGUGACAUCAUCGCAAAACGGUUCUCAUGACAACACUGACACCGAGAAACUCCUGUUCUUCAUGUCCAAAGCAAAAAUUCACCAGGCUACCAACCUCAUGACUAGCUACUUACAGAGAAGGGCAACCAUCACUUGAACUAACACUGAAUGUGUGUUUGUUUAUACACAGAUUUUUAGAAUGUGUUUUUAUGUGAUUCUAUUAUGAACUGGGUGACUGUCAUGUGAUGGUGGUGUGAGUGUCACAUGAUAUGGUGGCAGUCUGGAGGUAGGUAGGGGUGGAGAACAGGCGGUACAACUACGCUCCCAUC